UGUCGAUGGCUACAUUCUGGACUUAUGAUUAUGCAUGUUCACUUCAUGAAGAGUGGACAUUUUUACUUCGAUCACGCUGGGGCAAGAUGAAAGCCCUCUAUAUCGUCACACGAUACCUCCCCUUCAUCUUUCUCGCCACGGAUCUAUAUCUAUAUUGUGCCCCGAAUGAGAACCCAAGUAAAUGCCGGGUGUUGGAAAAUACUGAAUCAGGUCUUGGAAUAGUAUUAGUCAUCGUCUCUGAAAUUUUUUUUAUCCUCAGAACAUAUGUGUUAUGGCACAAGAAUAGACUCUUACUCGCAACCAUGCUGUCCACCUUUUUUAUUGUUCUCGCAGUAAGCUUCAGCAUUGCCUUCACCACUGGAGUCCCCGCAGCAUGUACUCGCUCUCACCUUCCCUCUGGCGUUCCAUGAUCACUAAAACAUUCUGUUCACUGUCACAGAUGCGACUAGCGGGGUUCCGGGCAUCACAGGGUGCUACCAGAGUUCGACCAGUUUCCAGUACUUCAUACCAUUUCUUCU